GAUUUUGGUGUGCGCCAAAACAGCUUCCGAGAAGAAGAAUAUAAAAAAAACAUUGUUCGUGUCGCCGUUGUUAGAGUGAAAGACUAUCACAAUUGGCAGCAGUGCGUUCCAAAACCGUUCGAUUCAUCGAUGAAUAGAAUUGAAUUGCAAAUGGACAUAGUGACAUUUACUUUUCCUAACUCAAAAACGCAUCACACGCACCACAGUUACAGAUGUCAAUUCAAAUCGUAAAGUGUUGUGUGUAUCAUUGAGAAUUUAAAGGCGAUUUAACGGGUUUUUUUUUCAGUUGCGUAUAAAAGUCGGUUACGUUUGCGAAAUUUCUUACGAUUUUGUGGCUUAAUUUAAAUUUUUUAUUGGUUAGACAUGAUGCACGGACUAAAAAAGAGCAUUACAAAUUUUCACUCGUUAGAGGGUAUGAGCACUUGAACCAUAAAAAAUAAUGAGAUAAUUUUCUCGCUUCAUAUGAUUUUGUUGUCGUUGGAUACAUUUACUCUUGAUUGCAUAUCAUGAAAGAUAUGGAGAAAUAGUUUUUGCACAUGUAGAUGGUAUCAGUUCUGCGGUAUUCUCUUCAUUCUGAAUGAAUUAAUUUGAAUAUUUUCCAUAAUGUGCAAUAAACAAAGGUCAUACGUGGUAAAUACCAAAAUAAACACGGUCAAAAGUAUCCGGAUGAAAAUGUGUAUAAAACGGAAAUUUUAAACACUGAACCAAGUGAAUUUUCAGCAAUUCGAAGAAGAAGCAAGCGCAUAAAAUUAUGAUAGGCACGAAACGACGAUUGAAAAUGGUUUCGAUGAAUAUAAAGUGAAACAAAAAGAUUGUUAACGGCGACCAAUUUUUGUGAAAACGUUCCAGGAAUUAUGACAUUAAAGCUGACAACAACAUAGCAACAAACGCAUGAACAGUUUGAACACCGCACACGUACCAAUUAGAUCAUAUAAAAAUGUGUUCGACUUGAUAUCGUUUAAGCAACAGCGUUGAAAAAGGAAAAUUUGUGCGAUUGCACGAGUCACGUGCUCAAUCGAUAUCGACAGAUGACAGUAUCAAUAAUGUUUUAUUGAAAACCAAUGCAAUAAUUACGAUGAUUGAAAAAACAACAGACAAAUUGCCGUAUUUUACUCUUAAAUAUAAACAUUCAAAAUGUGUGUUAUUUAAAUUUCUUGGUGUUUAAAUGUGUGAAAAAUAAUUGAAAAAAAAAUCCGCGUAAUUUUAAGUGAAUUAAAUUUUAUUGAAUUUUAAUUUAAGAGUUAUGUGUUCGAUCACAGCCCAAAUGAGAAUGCAUCGAAUCGAAUAAAAAAAACAGGAAAUUUAAAGCAUAAAUGGUUUUCUAUGUAGUGAGGUUUUUUUUAAAGAAAUUUAACAUCGAAUGAUAAAAAUACGCCUUCAGCAUAGAUGUAAGCAUGAAUUUAAGUUUGUGCUCAUCGAAUAUGAAUAUUUCUAAUUAAAAGACAAUGAUUAUGACGAUGACGAAAACAUCAAAUCGAGGAUAUUUCUAAUUGAAUUUUCCACAAUCAAUGCGAGAAUCAAAGGUGCGCGCAUAAACGAAGAGAGUGAGAGUCAAGAAAAAGAAUUCCCAAAAAGAAAACACACACACAACAUUAAAAUCAGACAUCGUUAUUGAAGCACAAACAUGUUUUAUCGAUUGCAGAGCUAUUACUUUGGAUUAAUUUUAAUUAUUUUGCACACAAAAAUCAAAGGGGCACUCAGUUUUAAUGAAACACAAGCAGCUUCAUCGCACAACAUAGUUAGUAGUAUCACAGCAACAACGACAAUGAGUAACAACAUUAUGACAACCACUGAUAGUGAGCAACCAUAUUUUGAUUUUGAAUUACAGCGUAUUGUUAACGUUAGCGUUGGCCAAACGGCUUUCUUGCAUUGUAGAGUUGAACGACUUGGCGACAAAGAUGUGAGCUGGAUAAGAGCGAGAGACCUUCAUAUCUUAACUGCAGGUACAGCCGUCUACACAUCUGACCAACGAUUUCAGGUUCAACGACCACAAAACUCCACGUUAUGGACGCUCCAAAUAAAAUAUCCACAACUGCGAGACGCUGGUAUCUACGAAUGCCAAAUUUCGGCCGAACCAAAAAUGUCGUUACAAUACACAUUGAAUGUUAUAGAAUUAAAAGCAGUUAUUUUCGGAACGGCUGAUUUGUAUGUGAAAACUGGCAGUGAUAUUAAUUUAACGUGCAAAAUAUCAAAAGGUCCACACGAACUGGGAACCAUAUUUUGGUACAAAGGCAAUGAAAUCAUUGAUUUAAUCACACAAGAGAAUGACAUUUAUUCAGAGAAUGUGCAACGAAUAACUGUGGAUACAGACUGGGCCGAUGGUUUAAUAUCAAGGCUGAAAAUUCGUCAAGCCGUACAAAGCGAUAGUGGUAACUACACGUGUGCACACGUAAUUGCACAAGCAGCGAGUGUUUAUGCACACAUUAUCAGUGGCGAACAUCCAGCCGCAAUGCAACACAAUUCAGCAAAAAUGCACAUCAUUGAACAGGCGAUGUUAGUUUUUCCACUAGUGACGAUUGCAACGGGGCUAGUGGAAAUUACAAUAAAACUUAUGGCACAGACAGUGACCGUCAUCACGACCGCAAUAAGCACCAUUUUAUUUGAAAUUUGGAUAGUUUUAGCACGAUUUCGUAAAAAAUUAUUCAAUUUGAUGGUUGAACCAUGGGCAUCAUUUUUGAUUGUAAGAUGAAACUAUUUUAUAAGAUGAAAAAUGUAAAAUGAGUAUAAUCAAGAGCGGACGAGAAACUGGAUAGAUAUUAUAUAGCCUCUGUUUCUCGCUUUCUUUAUAAAUAAUUUAAAUUAACGUUCAGUACAUAUAUGCACUGUUUUCAAGAGCUACACGAACAUUUUGCGAGAUAAUUGUGUUUGAAUCCACGAAUUCAUAUAUGUACACAUCGACUUUACUUUUAACGCAGAAAACGGAAGCCAGACAGAUUGCAACACAUACUCAAAUACUCUUAUAUGCCAUACACAAAACCGCACAAAAAUUGCAUUUUACUUAUUUUGUUACGUUUUUCUUUUACGUUUUCUUGCUCGUAAACGAGCACCACUCACAAACAGGUUUUUUUCGCCCACUUUUGUUGUUGUUAUUUUUUUCAUCGAGGGAAAUUCUCAUCAGAUAACAAAAGCUACUUACAUACAUUAAGAAUGGAAUGUAUUGUGUAUGACUUGUUGCGCUCAAGAGUACAGCCAGAUCAAAUAAUUAUACACGUACUAGAUAUAGUAUAUAAUGUAUACGGUACGCUUUUAUAUGUAUGUGUGGAAAGGACCUCUGUUGUUGUUUGUUGUUUUGUUUUGUGUUGGGCAAAAUAGAUUGAAUGUAUGCAGCAUAGACGAAAAACACGAAGAAAUCAUACGAUGAAAUUCAGUUUAUUGUUGUCAAAAUGCAAUGGAAUAUAAUUGGUGGAAAAUAGUAUAAGUAAAAGAGUUUUUGUAUGCUAACUUUAGUCAUCCAAACCAUAGAUGAACCCAGUGAAGUGUGUCUCACUUACUUUUACCGUGUUAAAUUGCAUACAGUGUUGACUUUCCUUUUAUUUUUCAAUGCAAACUCAAGUAAAAUGCUCUCAUUGUGUCGGAAGUGUAUGGCAGCUGUUAAAGUUUGAGCCAUGAACAUAUGUCUACAAAUCUUGAAUGACAGGGUUAAUCUCAAGCUUUCUUUGACGAGGAAAAAAAAAACAAACAAAUUAAUCUUGUAAUUGUUAGAAAUUACUUCGUGAUCAAAUGUGUUUAUAUUAUUGCUCGCAAUUAUAUCGGGAAAAAUACCCAAUAUCCUAAUAACCAGUAAUGUAUUGUGGCUACUCCUAUAUAGGACUGCUAUUUUCGCAUCAUUUGGUCUAUAUUCUGCUGUCCGUAUGCGUUGCACACAAAUAGCGUCUAUGAAUAGGAGCUGCGAAAAUAGCACUCCUAUAGCUGUAGCCACAAUACAUUCACUGCUAAUAACAUCAUUAGGGGUUAACCAACUAUUUUUUUAUAUGUUUUGGAAAAACCUUUUCAUUAAAAUAAAGUUUUCAAAGAACUUUGCAAUUCAAGCUAACACACAAAUAAUAAACAAAACAAAAAUCGGUUGACAUUUUGAAAAUAGUUUUUUUGACCUACAAUUAUAUUGAAAACCGUUAAGAUAAUUUAGAACGUACAGUUGUGGAUAGAAAAUGAACUGAUCUAAAACCAAAAUAAAAUGAUAUUUGAAAUCCUAUUUGCUGAACAAUUUAAUCUGCGUUAGUGGUAUCGAAAUGGCAUGGAUAUUAAAUUAGCGCGCAGCUUAUAUUAGAUAGGAAAUACAUAAAACAAGUUACUAAGGGUAAUCGGCUAUACAUUUUAAAAGACAAUACAUGGCGUUAUAGUUGAGAUGUAUGUGUGAAAUUUAUUAGUAGAUUCCACAUUAUAACAGGGCCAAAAGAAAAAAUGUUAAUGACCAGGGCCAAAAGAAAAUUGUAAAUUGAAAAUAAAAACAGCAAAAAAUAUGAAACUGAAUGAAAACAUUCAACAUAACAUAAUAUAACAUAUGCACUCACAAAUAAAAUUGAAUAAAAAUUUUAAUUAAAAAUAAUGAUUUUAUGCGUGUAACAGUAGAUUAAACUUAAAACAAGAGACAUACAAACCUUUUUUAAAAACAUUAUUCAAAUUACUUCUAAAAAAUAUUCGUUAGAUAGGAGGUAAGUAGUGAUGCAGCGAAUUCAGAAUAGAAAAAAAAAUCAAAAUAAUUUGAAUGUGAAAUGAAAAAUCCACAAAGAAAUUGAUAAGAAAUGUAGUUGUUUAUCUUUCAUCGUUGUUUAUCAAGAUUGAAUAGCAUUUUGAAUUC